GAGGUGUGGUCCAAGCGUUUCACGCAGCCAUAUUCUUCCGGAGCGGGGGAGGCCAGAGAGGCAGGCGGGACUACGAUUCCCAGCAGUCCUUUCGGUUUGUUUUUGUUCAAAAAAAAAACCCCACACUCCCCCUCCUCACUCUUCACACACACUCACACACACCCACAGCAGACACUCACACACCCGGGCGCCGAAAGGAAAGCCGCGUCUCGCCUUCCCGCUCCGCCUCCAGUCCUGUCUCGGCCCCUCAGCAGAGCGGGAAAGCAAAGGCCGAAGCCGUGACCUCUGACCCCAUGGUUAUGCGGAGCCGCCGCAUUCCUUAGCGAUCGUGGGGCUGCCGCCGCCGCUGCCGCCGUGGGCGACUGACGCAGCGCGGGCGCGUGGAGCCGCCGCUACCCCUCCCCCAUCACCGCCCUCGCGCCAGCCGGUCCCCGCGCGCCCGCCCCCACUCCCCGGCCGCACCCGAGUCCUCGCGCGCCGCCGCCGCCACGCGCCCCCCGCCGCCGCCGCCCCGCACCGUCGUCGCCCCAGCCCGCCCCGCCCGGAGGUCCCGCGUGGAUCCACCGCUGCCGCCGCCGCCGCCGGGGAGGAGGAGGAUGAAGGACAAACAGAAGAGGAAGAAGGAGCGCACGUGGGCGGAGGCCGCGCGCCUGGUACUGGAAAACUACUCGGAUGCUCCAAUGACACCGAAACAGAUUCUGCAGGUUAUAGAAGCAGAAGGACUAAAGGAAAUGAGAAGUGGGACAUCCCCUCUCGCGUGUCUCAAUGCCAUGCUACAUUCCAAUUCAAGAGGAGGAGAGGGGCUGUUUUAUAAACUGCCUGGCCGAAUCAGCCUUUUCACACUCAAGAAGGACGCCCUGCAGUGGUCUCGAAAUCCGACUGCCGUGGAGGGAGAGGAGCCAGAGGACACAGCCGAUGUGGAGAGCUGUGGGUCUAAUGAAACCAGCACUGUGAGUGGUGAAAAUGAUGUAUCUCUUGAUGAAACAUCUUCAAAUGCAUCCUGUUCUACAGAAUCUCAGAGUCGGCCUCUUUCCAAUCCCAGGGACAGCUACAGAGCUUCCUCACAGGCAAACAAGCCAAAGAAAAAGACCGGGGUCAUGCUGCCUCGCGUUGUGCUGACUCCUCUGAAGGUAAACGGGGCCCACGUGGAAUCUGCAUCAGGGUUCUCAGGCCGCCACGCCGACGGCGACAGUGGCAGCCCCUCCAGCAGCAGCAGCGGCUCUCUGGCCCUGGGCAGCGCUGCUAUUCGUGGCCAGGCCGAGGUCACCCGGGACCCUGCCCCGCUCCCGAGAGGCUUCCGGAAACCGGCCACAGGUCAAAUGAAGCGCAACAGAGGGGAAGAGAUAGAUUUUGAAACACCUGGGUCCAUCCUUGUUAAUACCAACCUCCGGGCCCUGAUAAACUCUCGGACCUUCCACGCCCUGCCAUCCCACUUCCAGCAGCAGCUCCUCUUCCUGCUGCCUGAAGUGGACAGACAGGUGGGGACCGAUGGCCUGUUGCGUCUCAGCAGCAGUGCACUGAAUAAUGAGUUUUUCACCCAUGCGGCUCAGAGCUGGCGGGAACGCCUGGCUGAUGGCGAAUUCACUCAUGAGAUGCAAGUCAGGAUACGACAGGAAAUGGAGAAGGAAAAGAAGGUAGAACAGUGGAAAGAAAAGUUCUUUGAAGACUACUAUGGACAGAAAUUGGGUUUGACCAGAGAAGAGUUGUUGCAGCAGAACGUGGGCAAGGAGGAGGCUGAAAUCAAGAGUGACUUGCGUGUCCCAGGAGAAUCAGCACGGCCACAACGUGGUCCAGCCACUCGGCAGCGAGAUGGGCAUUUCAAGAAACGCUCUCGGCCAGAUCUCCGAACCAGAGCCAGAAGGAAUCUGUACAAAAAACAGGAGCCAGAACAAGGAGGGCUUGCUAAAGACACACAGUCGGUGGCACCAGACAUCCCCCUCUACAAGGAUGGAGAGGCUAAGAUUGACUCAGCUGGGGUGGGCAGCCCCCACCUGCCCAGCACGUCCUCUGCAGUGCCUGACCCUGAGGGUCCUGAAUUCACAGCGGAAACGGGGGCUUCUCGGAUCCAGACCGAUCUGGAUGACCUGGCUCGGGCCUCUGCGUCUCCAGACAGAAUUCCCAGCUUGCCUCAGGAGACUGUGGAUCAGGACCCCAAGGAUCAGAAGAGGAAAUCCUUUGAGCAGGCGGCCUCUGCGUCCUUUCCCGAAAAGAAGCCCCGGCUUGAAGAUCGUCAGUCCUUUCGUAACACAAUUGAAAGUGUUCACACCGAAAAGCCACAGCCCACCAAAGAGGAGCCCAAAGUCCCGCCCAUCCGGAUUCAACUUUCACGUAUCAAACCACCCUGGGUGGUUAAAGGUCAGCCCACUUACCAGAUAUGUCCCCGCAUCGUCCCCAUCACGGAGUCCUCCUGCCGCGGCUGGACUAGCGCCAGGACCCUUGCAGACAUUAAAGCCCGUGCUCUGCAGGUCCGAGGGGCGAGAGGCCACCACUGCCAUCGAGAGGCGGCCACCACUGCCAUCGGAGGGGGGGGUGGCCCGGGUGGAGGUUGCAGCAGGGCCACCGAUGAGGGAGGUGGCAGAGGCCGCAGCAGUGGUGAUGGUGGUGAGGCCUGUGGCCACCCUGAGCCCAGGGGAGCCCCGAGCACCCCUCGAGAGUGUGCGUCAGAUCUACAGCGAACACAACUACUGCCGCUUCAUCCUCUAAACGGGGAGCACACCCAGGCUGGAACUGCCGCACCCAGAGCCAGGAGAGAGGACCUGGCUUCUCUCAGAGAGGAGGAGAGCUGCCCACUACAAGGGGUGCCCGUCCUCACAAGCGGCCUGGAAGAUGUCUCCCAACUCCCAAUUGCUCCCACUGGGGACCAGCCGUGCCAGGCUUUGCCCCCGCUGUCCUCCAAAACCCCAGCACCUGAGAGAUUAGUCGAGCAGCCUGUAUUGCAUCUGGAUAUUAGAACUGAGGGUGAGUCUUGUGCCACUUGGGAAAAGGCUAAUGAGGAGCAAGGACCGACUUGUCCCCCAGAGAAUGGUCCUGUUCAGUCUCUGGUGGGGGGUGCUGUAGUAGGAGCAGAAACUGGCCAGGCUCUGGACAGUGACAGUAAUCCAGCCAUGAAGGAUCCUGUGAACGUGACCCCCACUUCUGCCCCCGAAUUGUCAUCGGUUGGUUGCCUACAGGACAGUCAAUUUGAUGACAAAUUAGGACUUGGUGACUUGUGCCCACCCAGGAGGGAAAGUGCUUCUAGACAAGAAGACUUGAAAACCAAGGCUCUCAUCUCGGAUGGUGCUGUUUCUUGGAUGCCUGGCCUGUCAAAUGACAAGGCAGUGGGACAGCCCGAAUCAGACUCGGACACUGUCCCAUCUGUUGAGGCCCAGGUCGGAGGAGAGUGGGAGAAGGCUGCUCCCCUCAUUCCCGCAUUGCCGGAGGGUUUGACAGCUGAAGAGGGUCUAGAGCUCCCCGACAAUUGUUCCUCACUCUGGACAGUGCCAUCUCGGGGGUGUAUCGACAGUGCUGGCCGCGACUGCAAACAGGUAGACGUUGAAAAGCUGAAAAUCAAUGGUGACUCUGAAGCCCUGAGUCCUCACAGCGAGUCCACAGACACAGCCUCUGACUUUGAAGGCCACCUCUCCGAGGACAGCAGUGAGGCUGACCCCAGGGAAGCCACAGUGAUGAAGAGAGCCUCGGCCGUGGACAAGGAGGAGAAACGUGACAGGAAGGACUCUGCCUCGCUCUCCAAGGUGAAUGGUGACCCGAGUCUGGUUACAAGGACAGACAGGAUGCUGGCUCCUCAGAGCUGGGUGUCUCGUGUAUGUGCGGUACCCCAAAAGAUACCAGACUCCCUGCUGCUGGCCAGUACUGAGUACCAGCCAAAGCCCAUCUCCCUGGGCAGGCCUGGGUCCUCAGUGGAGGCCACUAACCCACUUGUGAUGCAGUUGCUGCAGGGCAACUUGCCCCUAGAGAAGGUUCUUCCUCCAGGCCUCAGUGGCAGCAAACCCGAACCCCCACGAUUCCCACUUACGAAAGAGCAGGGGGUGGGAUCUUUGCAAGAUCCUGGGGAAAACAAUUGCAUGGGUGGCAGGAGCAGCCCCAGUUCUUUAAGAGCUUCAAAGGAACCUCUUCUGCCUGACAGUCUUGAAGCAAGUACUGGUCUUGUGAGGCUGGAGGCCACCCAGGCUCCUAGCGUGCCCCAAAAGAUUUCCAAGACAGUCCCCAGUUUAGGCUCCCUAUACCCAGUGACAAAUCCAACAGCUGCCUCUGGGAAAGUAGAAGUGGAUUCCAAAGAGCAGUUCUCUCCCUUUAGUUUUGAAGAACAGAAGGAAGCCCGCGACUUGUCCCAGUGCAGUAAUUCCAAUGCUGCCCCAGGCAGGAGUCCAGAAAAUCUCACUACCUCGCGAGUCCCUUGUUUCUCAUCUCCCAAUGUGAUCUCCUUGGGUCCCAAUCAGACAGGUCAGGCCCUGGGUGAUCAGAACAGUGCUGGGGGCCAAGGGAAGAAGCUCUUUGGCUCUAUGAAUGCGCCUGCAGCCCUUCAGUGCCCCAGGCCUGUGGAGCCAGUGCCAGUACCCGCGGAUGCCCCUCCUGCUUUUCCCAGCAGAAAGUUGGGUAAAAACUCUGUGUCUGGUGGGGUACAGACUGCGCGGGAAGACAGGGCUCCAAAGCCACCACCUGCCUCUGUCGGCAGCAUCAAGAGUGAGAAGACUUUUGUGGGGGGGCCUCUCAAGGUGAAUGCAGAGAACAGAAACGCAGCCGGGCCUGGUCCUCGGGAGCUGGUGGAUCACUUGCAAGCGAUGCCCUUUGUCCUUGACUUGCCCUUCUGGAAAUUGCCCCGAGAGCCUGGGAAAGGGCUCAGUCAGCCUCUGGAGCCUUCUAUCCCCUCCCAACUCAACAUCAAACAGGCAUUUUAUGGGAAGCUUGCCAGACUCCAGCUAAGUUCCACCAGCUUUAAUUACUCCUCCAGCGCCCCUGCCUUUCCCAAAGGCCUUGCUGGGAGCGUGGUGCAGCUGAGCCACAAAGCAAACUUCGGUGCGAGCCACAGCGCGUCGCUGUCCUUGCAGAUGUUCACCGACAGCAGCACAGUGGAGAGCAUCUCGCUCCAGUGUGCGUGCAGCCUGAAAGCCAUGAUCAUGUGCCAGGGCUGCGGCGCCUUCUGUCACGAUGACUGUAUCGGGCCCUCCAAGCUCUGUGUAUUGUGCCUUGUGGUGAGAUAAUAAAUUAUGGCCAUGGGAAAGGUGUAUAUUUAGUGUGUAUUUUGAUAAUGAGCUUAAGUCUGCAUACAGAAUAUCAUUGAUAUAAUAGACUCUGUCUCUAGGCAGGAGCACUCUUGCCUCGCCCUGAAAUUGAUAGUGCCAGAAGGCUCUCUCACUUACCAACCUUCUGGUCUUGCUGGAGGGUUUCUCGAAGGGCGACGCAUUGGGCUGCCACCCCAGCUCUCCCGCAGACAGAGCCUGGUAUGCGGUGUGGGGAGCCUGUUUGACACCCAGAGGGACUUGAAACUGAAGAAAGAAGGUUGUGUUCUCCACUAAGGGAACUAACCUACCCGAACUGAGUAGAAAUGUCAGUCUUCCACUGCCCCCUCCCUGCCAUCUUUCCUUCUGCUGGGGAGCCGAUGAUUGGGGAAGAAGCAGCACAGGGUUAAGUAACUGCCAGCAGUGCCCACCAGGGGGCUCGAGCACCUGCUGACCUCAGGGGCACAGCCAGUUGGUGGAGCCAGUUUGACCUUUGGUUUUGCUGCUGAAGCAGAGUUGGGACGUUGCUGUCUCGGUACAAGCCACUGGCCACAGGAGCCUUUGGAACCUUGAAUAGACCUGCUUGGACAGUGGGGUCGGGCAGAGGGUUGUCUUUCUUCUUAAAAUGCCAUCUGUAGACCUUGUCAGUCAGAUGUCCAGGUGUUUGGCAGGUGGAUGCGUCUGCCUGCCACCCUCCCCGUCACGUUGGACUCGGGGAGCGGACAUCUCCACACACCUGUGUAUGUGAAAGUCAUUUUACAUUUCAAAGCAGUGUGUGUUUCCUAUUUUUAUAUUUUUAACUCUUUACCCUUGGAUGUAUAAAGUGAAUUUUUUGGCUUCUGUAAGUAUGCUCUCUGCACCUCUGAUGUUUUAUCAUGUAUUUAUAUGUUGUACACAGUACUGGCCGAUUCUGUAAAUGGAUGUAUUGUACAGAGAACAUGAUCGUCUCUCCCUUACUUUACGUCUUGGGCGUCAUUGCAUUAAAGUGGUGUAAUUGACCUCUCCACCUGUGUCGGAGCCACUGCAUGCUGUGCUGCCUGACCUGAGGGUAGAGGGAGUGACCUGUCACCUGCUAGGUUGGCCCGGUGACGUGUGACAGGGCUCUGCUGCAGCCUGCCUGCUCGCUCACUCCACAUCUCUUCUCCAACCUUCACUGGCUGUUUGCUGCCAGUGACAAACCACACCUCCCGUGUUAAGUGCUUCUGGAUUCAAGGGUGAGUGCCCUGGGCAUCCCCCAGGUGGAGCUUCCAGACCUGGCUCCAGGGCCAGCCCACCUGUCAGCAGUACCGGGACCGUGCUCUCUGGGAGCCACAGGGCUCCUGUUGGCAUACUUUUGACAGCAGGUUGGGGAAGAAACAGCCAGGCCUGCUGCCUGCCUCUUCCAACACAUUUCUAACAAAUAGAUGUCUCCAUAGUUGUCUUCCCUCACCCUGCUUCCUGCCUUGUUUCUCAUACCUCGACUUGUUGCAUAUUUGGGAGUCCUUGUUUGACUUCAGUCUCCCUGUGCGAGUGCUUCUGUGUGAAGUAUAAAAUUAGUAUGACUUAAGCAGGUCUCAUUUCAUCUGAAAGGUCCUCCCCUUCUUCCCCCCACCCCCCCAUUUCAUCCAAUGUGGCGUUUUUGUCCUCCGAAGCAUGAGUGAGAAGUUGGCAAUGAUGUGGUGGUUUCAAUGCCGUUUUGGCCAAGUCCAAGUUGUCAACUUCCAGAGUCUGUUUACCAAAGAUAGGGAGCAGAGGCCCAAGCCUGCUUGAUCCUCCUUCCUUCUGUGACCUUGGGACCCCUCUAGGGUACAGUGAAACUCAUCUGGUCCGUGGGGCUGCCCAGGGGCAGCACUGCUCUUGUAUGUCUCGUGGUAUCGGAAAAAUAAACCUGUACAACCUGCA